AAAGGAAAUAACCCCUUAAGCCUUAACUGCCUAUAUAUAAACAUGAUAUGAUUAGUAUGUAGAAUAAGAGAUAUACAUAAUUUAACCCACUCAAUAUUUUAUUUUGUUUAACAUGGCUUCACCAUCAGAACCCAAAAACUCAUCAAACACUCAAGAGCAAUUAAGUGAGAAAAUCAAAGAUCUUGAACUCUCUCUUCCUAAAGAGUUAUGGUUUGGGUUUCCAAUGCAACUUUAUCAGGGUUAUUGGUGUUUAAGUGUACUUUUAGAGGGCAUAAUCGCAUUCCAAACCCACUUUCAACCUCAUGAUACCGAUAUCAUCUUAGCCAGCCUUCCUAAAACUGGUACAACAUGGUUAAAAUCCCUCCUUUUUGCCCUUCUAAAUCGAAAUAAAUUAUCCCACCUUUCUGAGCUCCCUUUUAACACCAAAAACCCUCAUGAGCUCGUCCUCCACCUCGAGAUAGAAGUUUUCAAAAAUAGCCUAACAAACCCACCAGAUUUAACACAAUUACCCUCACCUCGACUCUUUGCUACCCACAUGCCGUACCAUUCGUUACCAGAUUCAAUCAAAACCUCGAAAUGUCGAAUUGUUUAUGUUUGUCGAAAUCCUUUUGACACUUUUGUGUCGUUAUGGCAUUUUUAUCUUCAGUUCGAAGUGAGUAAGGGUACUAGCCCGGAUAAGGAAAUGAUGGAAGGAUAUGUAAACAAGUAUUGCGCUGGUGUCUCCCCGUUCGGCCCUUACGAAGAUCAUGUGUUAGGGUAUUGGAAGGAGAGCAAAGAAAAUCCAAAACAUGUGUUGUUCAUAGAAUAUGAAGGGCUAAAGAAGGAACCAAAAGAUCAUUUGAAGAAAUUGGCCGAGUUUGUGGGUUGCCCGUUUUCUGAAGAGGAGGAGAAGGAGAAUGUUAUAGAUAAGAUAAUCGAGUUGUGUAGUCUUAAGAGUAUGAAAGAAAUGGAGGUUAAUAAAAAUGGAAAAUUUUAUGUUUGGGUUGAGAAUAAAGCUUUAUUUAGGAAAGGAGAGGUUGGAGAUUGGAGCAAUCAUUUGACUAGCUCAAUGGCUAAGCAAUUUGAUCAAAUUCUUGAAAAACUCAAGGAAGCUGGUUUUUCUUUCACUUUUUACCCAACCAAAAAGUGAUAGUUUUCAGAAAUAUUUCUCUUUCAAAAAAAAAAAAAAAAAAAAAAAAAAGGACUUUUGUAUUGCUUCAUUUGUUAUGAAAUAUUUAUGAAUGUCAAUUAUACCCUUAUAUUCUCAUGAGUA